GCGGUCGCGUGGCAGCAGAGUGGCAUGGCGGAGCUGCAGGAGGAGCUCGAGGCGGAGCGCGGCGCCGCUGCUGAGGCCGCCAGCGAGGCCAUGUCCAUGAUCCUGCGCCUGCAGCGCGACAAGUCCGAGGCCAUGAUGGAGGCGCGCCAGUUCCGGCGGUUCGCCGAGGAGCGGUUCGCGCACGACGCCGCCGAGGUUGCCGCCCUCCACGUCGCCAUGGCGCAGCGUGAUGCCUCCAUCCAGUCGCUCUCCGCGCAGCUCCGGGUGUGCCGCUCCCGCCUCAUCCAGCUCGGGUUCGUUUCCCCGUCGUCCCUCCCCUCGUAUCCCACGGCCGCCGCGGGGGAUCACCUUUUCGCUGACGACUGCCCUUCCAUCCAAUGCCUCGAUUAUCCGGCCCGCUCAGACGUCGGUAGUCCACGCACCCACCACUUGUUCUAUACAAUGCCCGGCCGAGCUUCCCAUAAGGGUGUCAUCUGCGCUUCACCACGGCGCCAGUGCCAUGGGCGCGCACUCUCCAAUGACAGCUUGUAUGACGGCGGCAUUUCAGCGGCUGAUGAGUUACCGUUCGUGGUGGAGCGGGACGUGUCGGACCAGGACAAUGACUGCGACCCGGUGUAUACUGUCGAGGCAGUGCAUCGCGUGCCUGUUGCCGCACCUGAGGACUGCUGCUACUUUCAGACACCGAUGGGAAACGACGUGGGCUUUGGUGGGGUUGGGGUGUGGGCUGAGGAGCAGGAGAUACAAAAGCUCAGUGCAAGGUUACAAGCACUGGAGGCAGAUCGGGAGUCGAUGCGGCAUGCAAUCAUGUCGAUGGGAGCAGAGAAGGCGCAGGUUGUGAUGCUCAAAGAUAUUGCUCACCAGCUCUGUGAGGAGGCGUCACCAUUGCCUGCAGUUUCGUUGAAAUUGCAUCCAGUGCCACAAGCGGUGGUAGGGCCACAGAGGAAGGUGGUGAAGAGGCAGCCUUUCUGCAUCAAAUUCUUCAUUGUGACCGUAAUUAAGUGGAUCGUAUCUGUCUUUUCUCGGCGAAGGAAAUUAGAGCGCGUCAAGUACCCGUUUGGUUUGUGUGGGGGCUAUGUUGGACUAAUGCUGGUGCUGGAUAGGUCCCACAAACAGAGAUACAGAAGAUUUCUUAAGAGAAGCUAGGUGAUGCCGCUCACUGAUUAUAUGCAGCGGCCGAGGAAGACUUUGCGAUUGUAUGAUGCUUGUGAAAAAUGCUGUCAUCGUUGCAUAUAUCUUUUUGCUCUCUUGUCCAUAAAUUUUAUGUUGGUUUGGUCUGGCAAUCUAUCUAGUUAUCAACUGAGGUUCGAGGUCUUGUCCAUUUAUUUGAUUUUGUUCCUAUUUUUCUCCUACUAUUGUAAUGAUUGUUUUUUUAGGCAAGUAUGAAUUACUAGUUCAUUUGUACAAAGUACUCCAGGUAACGAGUCCCAAAAUCAGAAGUAGAGAUUGUUAAGCAGUGCUAUGAUGUGCUACUGUUUCUUUACUCGUACCAGAUUUUGUGUGAA